ACGACUUCGCACGGAAAGAGUUCUACCUGAUCCGACAAAAAGAGGACAUUGAGAGGCGGAUCGCACAAGAGGAGGCGCGCAUGGUAGGCGCAUACUUUGGCAAGAGCAGGCUACAGGUGGGCAUGGAGCUGGAGGACGCGACCUACGACAACUGGAGGAAGUGGGCCGAGGGCGAGGCUUCCAAGAUCGCAGCGGAAAGGGAGUCGGCCUAUGCCAACUUCAGCACUGAAGACAACAAAAAGAACCUGGCAGAUCUCGGCAUAGAGGAGGAAGGGGAGGUCAGAGCAUAGAGAGAUAGGAAUUGGUUAGGGUUGCGACUGAGAAAAGCACCCUCCGCCCACAAGAUUAUAUGUCUUGGCGAGAUGGCAAUCCUUCAAAAUCUAUGACCUGCCUGUCGGAGCAGGAAUGCUAUGUACAUC